UUUGGGGAUAGAGUUGUCACUGAUUUCCCUCCACCUCCCUUCCUCCCUCUUAACGAAGGGAUCCUAUAUCCAUCAGCAGGUAAAAACUUUCAGAGAAAAUAGUCCUGAUUUGCUCUUAUUUCGUAAUUUCCAAAGAGACAUAUUAAGUGUGACCACUCCGAACCAGGGAGGAAAUAAAUAACCUAACUAAUACCUUUCUUAGGGUUUAAAAUUCCUGAUUGGAAAGCAGUCGAGGAUCACUUAGUAGCAGAAGGAAAAAUCUCGAAAGAGCAUUUUGUUAAGCUGAUUCAUGAUGCGACGGAUAUAUUCAGUAAGCUAUUCAAAAUAAUUUACAAAGAGGAGGAACAAAACCUGAUUCAAUUUCCAGAACCACUGAUCAUGGUUAGCGACAUUCACUGCUAAUUUUAUGAUCUUGUCCAUUUGCUUGAAAAAGCAGGAGACCUAAGUACAAUAAACUAUGUUUUUAUGGGAGAUUAUGUUGAUAGAGGAAUUUUUAGAAUUGAGGUUUUGAUACUCAUGAUUUUUAUUAAGGUAAUACUCAGAACUAACCACUUAGCUCAACUACCCAGAGACAUUUGCUAUGCUUAGAGGAAAAUCAUUAAUGUAGGAACAUGACAGAUCAUUUCACUUUCAGAGAGGAAACAAUUGAAAAAUAUUACGAAGAGGUCUACGACCUCCUCAUGGAAAUGUUCGAUAGUCUACCAAUCUGUGGAUUGGCUGAUAAGAAAUAUUUCAUCACUCAUGGAUGAAUCUCCCCAGAGCUGAAGAGAAUUUCCAAAAUAGACAGAUUCCUAGAAAUCCCUAUGGACGGGAUAAUGUGAGAUCUCAUGUGGGUAGAUCAAAUAAAUGAAUCAGAUGUAAAGAAAUACGACUUUGUGAAGAAUAGAGAAAGAGGUUGUUCCUUCUAUUUUGGAAGAAAGCUAACUUAAA